CACCCCCACCAAUUAGCAGAGUACCCUGUUUUUCUUCAACUUCCCCUGUUUUUUCUAAGCGUCAAAGAAUUAUUGGCUCUCUCUAAAGCUAGGGCAUAAAAUGACUCAGCAGAAUGUUGUCAUCCCCGGCGCACAAACCGCCCCGACUGUCGCGGCGGCCUCCCACUCCUCCGUCUCACCGGCCCGGGAAUCUCCCGCCGGAGACAGGAACCUUAACAUUCCUGGAAACCUCCCCCAGAGUAACCUCGAAGGCAGCUAUACUAGCGCGAAAAUGAAGACUGUGGUCGAGUCAAUGAGAGCUUGCUCCCCCACUCGGAAGGGCAAGGGCUCCAGUCUUUCUGAAGAGCAUGUCUCCUGGAAGAUGGAGCAUCCAUCAGCUCUGGACAUGUUCGAGAAGAUCAUCAAAGCUUCAAAAGGAAAGAAAAUUGUGAUGUUCCUCGACUACGACGGCACCCUCUCCCCCAUCGUCGACGACCCCGAUCGUGCCUUUAUGUCCUCCGCCAUGAGGGCAACAGUGAGGAAACUAGCCAGAUAUUUCCCAACUGCCAUAGUGAGUGGAAGGUGCAGAGACAAGGUCUAUAACUUCGUACGAUUAGCGGAGUUGUACUACGCGGGCAGUCAUGGGAUGGACAUAAAAGGGCCUUCCAAAGGUUCCAAUUUCAUGAAAGGAGCUCAUCAGGGCCUUCUUUUCCAACCAGCUAGUGAAUUUCUACCGAUGAUCGACGAGGUCUCUAAGGCUCUCUUGGAAAAUAUAAGAUCAGUUCCGGGUGCUACCGUGGAGAACAACAAAUUUUGCGCCUCUGUGCAUUUCCGCUGCGUGGAAGAAAAGAAAUGGGGCGAGUUAGCAAAACAGGUCGGAUCGGUUCUUAAAGAAUACCCAAAGCUUCGGUUAUCCCAAGGGAGAAAGGUGCUCGAGAUCCGACCAAUCAUCAAAUGGGACAAAGGCAGAGCUCUCGAGUUCUUGCUUGAAUCUCUCGGAUAUGCCAACUCCACUGACGCCUUCCCUAUUUAUAUUGGGGAUGAUAGAACCGAUGAAGACGCCUUCAAGGUGUUAAGAGAAAGAGGACAGGGUUUUGGAAUUCUUGUUACUAAAACUCCAAAGGACACCCAUGCGUCUUACUCCUUGCAAGAACCGUCCGAGGUUAUGGCAUUUUUGCGUCGUUUGGUGGAGUUGAGGAAGAUGGGAUUAAGAAGGCAGUGUAGGUUGAGAAGAGAAACUGGGCAGGGGGAGAACUCUGCACAGAAGUGAUGGAUUCUGAUCAAGCUUUAUUUCAUGUAGAAAUAUAUAUAUAUAUCUAUGUAUAUGUAGGUUUGUGUGUGAAUGUAUUUUCUUGUUUAAUAAUUAACUAGAAUAACAAAGUGUGUAAUUAGGGGAGGGAAAAAGAACUACUGUUGUUUUCCAUUGUUCUUUUUUCCCCUUGGCUUAACUUGAAAUGCCUUGUACAUCCUCAUGGUAACUUGCUCUGCAUAAGGGGGCAAUUUGUAAUUCUAUUAUCUUCUACAUAUGCAUAUUUAGUACUCCACCUGCUUUGUUACCUGUUUUGUUAAGAUUGUCUCACUAAGAUUGUCAAUUACAGAAUUUGGUAUAAUUUGA